AUGGCAUCAUCAUCUCCAACCCUCAAAGAAAAUGUCAGAAAGGCCUACGACAACAUAGCGGUCAAGUACUCAGAAUGGACAAAAUCAACCUAUCCAACCCGCGUUGAAUAUCUCCACAAGCUGCUCGAAUACCUCCCGCCCUCACCAGCCGAAAAGUCAGUUCUUGAGUUAGGCUGCGGUUCAGGCCAGCCUUGUACUGCCAUCCUUGCUUCCAACCCCAGUCUGAAAGUCACAGCAAAUGAUAUCUCCCCUGCGCAGCUGGCGCUCGCCGCACAGAAUCUCCCUUCUACAAAUGUGGCUCUUAUAGAGGGAGAUAUGAUGGAGCUGUCGUUUGAAGACCACAGUUUUGACGCCGUGAUUGGAAUGUAUUCGGUCAUUCACCUGCCGAGGGAGGAGCAGGUGACUCUAUCAAGAAGGAUAUACAAGUGGCUGAAGCCUGGGGCAUUCUUUCUGGCGAAUUUUUCGGGAGGACCUGAAUUUGAGAGCUCGUUUGACAAGCAGUGGUUGGAUGGGACGGAUGGAGAGAUGUUUUGGAGUAGCUGGGGAGAGGAAAGGACUUGUGAGGUCCUGUCUUCAAUUGGAUUUGAACUGAUUCUCAGGGAGGUUGUCGUUGAUAUUGAGGAAGAGAAAGGAGAAGGAAGAGAAGUUCCCUUUUUAUGGGUUCUAGGGAAGAAGUCGGAUAAUUGA